AUGAUGUGGUGUGUCGCUGUUGUCCUGGCAGUGCUGCAGCUCUGCAGCCCAGCUCUGCAGUCUGACCCACUGCUCUACGUCUCCCAGCUGCAGGACGAACAAGAAAAACCCAUCAAGCCAUGGCUUGACCCCACACUUGAAGAUGUUGUCCCUUCCCGGGAAGUCACCAACCCUGCCAAAAUUAGGGAGAUCCCAGAAACUGAGACGGCCUCGCACUCCUUCCCCAUGUUUGGCGAACACGUCAACCUUAAGUGGGUCACAUGGAAUGGCUCCCUCCCAAAUGGCGCUGUCGCCAUCUUCAACGGCUACACCGAGCGCACCGACUAUGUGUGCAAAGUCAACUGCGAGGCUGGCUUCUACACUCCCAGCAAAGGAAGCUUCUGCCAGUACCCCUAUGCUGACAAAGAGUAUGCAUCCUCCAAGUUUGAAGUGCUGGUCAACGUGGACCACUUUGAGUUCCUGCAGUGGGUUGAAGAUUCAUACGGGUCCGUCCCCCAGUACGCUGUCAAAACCUGCCCCAACUCAGACAUCUAUGUGGGGAAAAACAAAUACGGUCUUGGCAAAGUGGUGACACAACACGAGGCCUUCUUCCUCCCCUGGGAGGGCGAUGAGUACUGGUACAAGAAAUACCAGGUCCUGGCUAUCAACAGAGACAGCUAUAGCCAGCACAUCUCUCAUGUGGAGUAUGGCAUAGACCAGAUGGAGCUGUUCCACCAUCCUCCAGAGGCCCUGAAGCUCACCAAGGUCACCAACCUGGAGUGCAGAAAUGUGGAGAAGAAGGUGCUGCUGGAGAAGACCAGCACGGUGGAAAAGACCUGGGACAUCGGCAGGGAGACCCGCAACGGCUCCAUCUCCACCAUGAAGGCCAAAGUGCCCAUCCUCGGCCCGGGGACAGUGGACUUCACCAAGGAGCAGACGGUGACCUUCUCAGAGGGGACCACCACGGUGGAGUCCAUCAGCCACUCCGUCUCUGUGGAGCUGCUCGUCCCACCCAACCACUCCUGCACUGUGAGGAUGGAUGGCAGGAAGAUGACGGCUGACAUCCCCUUCACCGGCAGGCUGAGCAGGACCAACCACAACGGAGACACCCACUGGACGUAUAUCACAGGCACCUACGAUGGCGUGAGUGUCGGCGAGAUCAACGCUGUGGUGGAGAGGUGUCAGCCAGUGCCUGACGCUGUUCCCUGCUCCCCAUCUCAAGACUGA